AAUCCGGCUCUUAUAGGAGCACAUUGCCUUGCCUCGCCACAUUAUCCGACCAAUCAAGCUAUCGAAGCAAUGGAGGAAGACGAAAAUGACUUGGCGAACGACAAGCAUGUGCUAUUUGCUCAACGCACAGUAGCCAAGAGAUUUCACACGAAACUCAUCACCCGUAUUGGCAACUUUCUGAACGAGAAGCCGAAGGCCGACGAUGUAAGGAGUAACAUAUCCGAACUCGAAGCUGCCCUGAGAAGAGUAGUAGCGCUCCAUACGCGCUACGCCAGCCGGCCAACUUUAUCAGAGGAGGAAACGGCAGCUGCAAUCACAUGGCUCGACAACGUUCAAGAUUCCAACGGGAGCUGUCUAAACCGAAUGAAGUCGUACCUCUCCUCCCUGGACCAAAAUUCAGCCCGGAAGGGAAAGAAUACAUCCGGUCAAUGGAGUGUAAGCCAGCAUAGAAGCCGCGCAGAUGAAGGCACAACACCGGACCUAAGCAUACGCUCACAUCAGCCACCGCUCGAUGUAAAUCUCAAUCUAGAAGCUCAAUUGCAACAAGCCAAGCAAGAUCACGAGCGCACACUCGCCGAGAAAAAAAGAGGAGAAGAAAACCUAAGCCAAAUUCAAGCGGCAAUCAAUCAGCGGGAUGGCGUCUGUCCAGAAAAUCUUCGACAACCACCCCAUCCAUUCGCCUCUACGCCUAUAACAUCAGCGGUUACAACGCAAGUCAACCAGCAGCCAAGAAGGUUCCUACAGUUCGAUACAACCACGCCUCACAGAGAGCAACAGUCGCCAUCAGCGCAGUACACGCAUCCAUCUUCAGGGCCAUCCAACUAUCCGCCACCAGCUCAUUGGCCAAAAAUAGCGAUUUCAAGAUUUAAUGGCGAUUGCCGCCGCUGGCCGGCUUUCGCCCAGGUGAUGAGAGCAACUAUAGAGGAAACUACACUACCAGACCUUUACAAAGUGCUAGCUUUGCGCGAGAACCUUACUGAAGACAUCCAGAAGAGAAUGGCGAAUCUUUUCAACGGCUCUUACACUUAUGCUCAAGCCUGGAGCGAGCUAAAGGACAAAUAUGGUGUGCCCGCAUUGAUUAUUCAAGCCCACAUCCAGCACUUGCAAAUGGUCCAAUCAUUCCGUAACGGCGAUUUCAAGUCCCUCGCCGACCUAGCCUCUCUCGUCCGGGAUGCAGUAUCUAGCGUAGCCGGAGACCCAAGCAUGAACGAAUUCACGCACUCAACGGUCGUCAACCAGCUCGCCACUAAGUUGCCUUUCAAUUUGCAACAGGACUGGGGACGUUAUGCUUACAAUCUACGUCCAAAGGUCUCUUCCUUAGCCGACUUUGACCGCUGGAUUGACGCCAUUGUAGGAGCGGAAGAGUUGCGCGGCGCCAAACUCAACAAUUACGUAACACCGAAGCAAAACCCGCCACCGCGCCCUGCACUACCUUUCCCGCCAACAAUUCUAAAAAAUUCCGUCGCGUUCAAGAUUCCAAAUUCCGUCGAAAGCCCAUCCGAGAGACCCAAUCGAGCAGACAACCAAUGGCCUGCAUGUCCAGCUUGCAGCGAUAACCCUGGCCAUCGUCUCGAAGCAUGCAGCAUAUUCCGAAAAAUGUUGCCGUCUCAGCGAGCAGCCCUUUGCGGAGAAAAUAACCACUGUUUCAAGUGCUUGCUUCCCGGACACUAUGGGCGAUCCUGCAGGAACACCGACGUGGCGUGUAAUGCCUGCCCCGGCAAGCACCACUCUCUCAUUCAUGGAGCCGAACGCGUUUUUCCUGGAAAGCCUCAGCGAAAAGAACCAGAACAAUGGAGAUUCAUAUCCGGAUCAAAAAAUCCCGCCGACGACUGCACGAGAGGAAUGUCCCCCUCCAAGCUAGAAUCUUUUUCUCAAUGGUUAGGUGGACCAGCAUUUCUGACGGAACCUUUGUCUCUCGAAUCAGGACAGGCCGAGCUACUACCACUCGGAACUAACGACACCGAGUGGUGCCCAAAAAGAACAGUCGGCCACGUAAAUGUAGAACCAAUCCCGUCCCAGCAAUCAGCGCCUAUUAACGAAAUAAUUCGCCACCACGAAACUCUCAACGACUUGAAACGCAGCGUAGCCCAGCUACAUCGCCCCGCCGAAGACAAAACGCCACUCCGUGCCGAUGAGUUAGACCAAGCGCUUACUUUAUGUCUGUCAGCAGCAUGUCGCGAAGCAUACCCUCAAGAAUAUGCCGCCAUAUUCGCCGGAAAGAACGUAAAAAAUACCUCUCCUUUACGAAAAUUGAAUCCGUUUAUCGACAAGAAUGGGCUCCUCCGAGCCGAAGGCCGCCUCAAACACGCUGAAAUCUCCCCCGAGGCUCGCAAUCCCGUAAUUCUAGGACUUAAUCACCACCUAACCACCCUCAUUAUAGCCGACGCCCAUCAGAAGGUACACCAUUCAGGUGUAGAAUGGACUUUAAGUGAGCUACGAUGGAAAUACUGGGUGCCCCGUGGUCGACGCCAAAUCCGAAAAAUGCUGUACAAAUGCCGCGAAUGUCGCCUGUCUCGCUCCCGUCCAAAACCGCCCAUUAUGGCAAGCCUGCCAAAAGAACGUCUUCAAGCAUUCUUACCAGCAUUUACAAAUGUAGGACUAGAUUUCUUCGGCCCACUUUAUGUUGUCAUCGGGAGAAAAACGGACAAAAGAUAUGGUCUAAUAAUCACUUGUCUCGCAACACGAGCUGUUCAUCUAGAGGUAGUCUGGUCACUAACAAGCGACGCUUUCAUCAACGCCCUUCGCCGUUUCAUAAGCGUCCGUGGAAAACCCGCCUCCAUAUUCAGCGACAACGGGACCAACUUAGUAGCAGGAGAAAAGGAAUUAAGAGAAGGAAUCGACAAACUCAAUUCAGAAAAGGUCACUACGCACGCGGCCGAGCUAAACAUCAAAUGGAAUUUUUCGCCACCGUCUGGACCGCAUUUUGGUGGAGUUUGGGAGCGGAUGGUGCAAUCCAGUAAGCGAGCACUCCGCGCAGUCCUCCAAGAUCAGUCAGUCACCGAUGAAGUACUUCAAACUGUGUUCAGCGAAGUCAUGUCCUUGUUGAACGGCCGUCCACUCACCAACGUCCAUAUGGACCCCCGCGAACCAGAAGCUCUCACGCCCAACCACUUUAUUCUCGGUCGUCACGAGCCCCACAUUCCACCAACCAUCACAGACGACUCGCACAAACUUACUCGCCGCCGCUGGAUGCAAACGCAAUUCAUCGUAGACCAGUAUUGGGCCAGAUGGAUGCGCGAGUACGUUCCAAAUUUAAUCGAGAGCCAAAAAUGGUUCCGUCCGACAAAGCGCCUCGAAGUCGGAGACGAAGUCAUCAUAAUCGAUGAAAACAAUCGGCGCGGAGAAUGGCCAAAAGUAAUCCGCAACCGGAAUAAUCGAUCCAUCGUGGUGGCCGGAGUGUUGUGCACCGGCACAAUGACAUCUGGCAACAUCGAAAGAGAAGAGGAUGAGAAAGGAGAGCAGCAGACGACGGGAGUGGAGAGUAAAAAACCUCAAGAAGAAUCACGUUUUCUCUCGUUCUGA